UAGCUCAGCUGGUCAGGGUUGUUCUCUUCCCUACUGAGCAGUGAGCACCAGGGUUCCAUUCUCCUCUCUGCAAAUUAUCCCUUAAAGAUUUUGAAAGGUUGAUUAGAACAAUAUACAUGCAAUUAGACUUGAAAAUUCAACUAAAUUUUUAUUAUUUAUUUUGUUCAUGUAAUUCAAUGAUAACAAAGUGUUUUUUUAAUCAUUUUGUCUUCAUAUUUAUAGAAAAAUUAUGCAAAUAUUAAUGAAAUUGCUAGAUUUUUGCAUAGAUAAUUAGGUUGCAUGUUGCAAGAGAAUCGGGAAGAUGUCCUUGACAUUUUUAAUCUUAAAAAACAUGGUGCGUCAUAUGGUUACCGGAUGAUAGGGAACAAAGCAGAAUUUCAUUUCAUAGAUGUAAAAUUCUGAUCAAAUGCUGCAUUCCAUGGCGCGCUGAUGCAAGAAACUUGGAAUACGGUGAAAAAUAUGGAAAUGAUGAUUUCAUUUAUGUGAACAUGAAGCACAAGGUACAUUAUGUCUGUAAUUAACACAAUCUUCUUCAGCUAGUAUAAGGUGGCUCCGGUGAUGUGGUUAGAUCAAUCUCUUCAACAUGACUGUUGUGAAACCAGAAGGCAUUCAUCCUGCAUAGUCCAGAUUUCUAGCGCGAAUCGUGAUAGUUCUUCUUCUUCUUCUUGUUUUUUUUCCUGAAAUAUAAGCCAUAUCAGAUAUAUAGUAAAACCUUUAAUACAGUAUUAUUCUCGAACCCAGAAAAAAUAUUAUUAUAGAGGGGUUAUUCUUAAUUAGAGGUUAACAUGUAAAUUUGAAAUUUAAAAAUCUAUAUAAUCUUAAUUCGUGAAUGCAAAGAUUAAUCUAUAUUUGCAUUUGAUGUAGUCAUGUAGUGGUGAUUUUCUUGAUUGAGUUGUGUGAACUUUUUGGUGACCUUCACAUGUUAUUCCCUGUCCUGAUACAUUCUUAUGUCGUACUUUAAACUAUCUUUCCCUCAUGUACCAAUUGGCAAAUAUAUCAGUUGCCCACUAUCACUCUAUCACAGUUCACUCAGGAUAUAAAAAUUAUCAGGAUAAAAUUUGGUUACAAAGAUUAGUCUCAUCAUGCCUAAAAAUUCACCUAUCUUUCAUCUUUAAGUCUCUCGACAAUCCAAGUUUUCUGCCUAGAUGACCUUAUCUUCAAUAGAUUUAAACAACGAAACACAAAUUUAAGCUUCAGUAGGAUCAGUAAGAAUCAACAAGAAUGGAUUUAUUGUGAACAAGAUUAUUCUAUUCAAGAUAGAAUUUAGUAAGGUGCGGUAAGUAUUGAAGUGACAGAUGAUUCUCCAUCUACAAAGAAAGCAUAUUCCAGCAGGGACCUGCUGAAAAUCACGAAAAAACAGCUAAAAGCAGCAGCCACUGUGCAGCAGCACAAAUUGUUAUAAUUGGAGAAGACCAGUCUAAAGCCCAAACUCAGCCUCAAGAUAUUGCUCAAGAAGAUGCAACAGAGGGGCCUCCAUUUCUGCCCCAGGAGUCCAAAGUGAAAUAUCAUACAGCAAGAAAAGAAGGAUAUCUUCCAACAAGGAGAUACAUUAACAAGAAGAAGAGAGAUAAGUGAAGGAAAAAGAUAGAUAAGUGAAGGAUUAAACAACUGAAAAGGAUGUUAUCACUAGUAAGUUUAAUGGUGGCCAUGUUGGUGGUGAGCCCAACAGAGGCAUACACACAAGAUUAUAAAGAUGCAUCGAUGAAAAGCAUUCUGUUUUAUGAAGGCCAAAGGUCCGUAGAUUACCUCCUUACCAGAGAAUGGCAUGGAGAGAUAAUUCUGCUCUUCAAGAUGGUCUUGACAACCAUGCCCUUAUAACUCGAUCCUGAUCUGGCUUCAGCUUACAAGGACAGUCAAGAAAAUGGCUGGAAGCCCAGGUGGUUCAGAAGAGAAAGUGAGGAUUCCUCCUUUCACUAUGUGGGUGGUUACUAGGAAGCAUGGGAGAUGGGAAAAUGGGAUGAAUGUCCGGUAUGCCGCUCUGCGAGCAAAGACCGGCCCAGAUAUAUUUGAUAUUAUUGGAGUUGUAAAACUAAUUGAUGAAAAGAAAAGGGAAUUUACAAACAAGCAUGGACACCCCCAAGCGCAAUUCAAAUUUACGAUAUCGGAUGGAAGGACUACUGUGAAUGUUACGCUCUGGGAUUCUUUGGCACAUUUAUUUGAAAAUAGCAUGUCCAAAGAGUGCGAGAAACCUCUGAUUUUAAUCAUUGCAAGUGUAAGAAUUGGAUGGUGGCAGGAUGAAUUGGAUAUCUCUAAUGUUCCAGCAUCAAUGUUUUACAUCAACUACAUACACACAUGAAAGUGUGUUUCAGCUUCGGGAAAUGCUUAAGGAUCCAAAGUAUGCUCAUCUUCUUGCCGCAUACUGCAAAAUGAGCAAGAUGCAAAUAUUUUCAGUAUUAGACAUCAAGAACUUUCGAAAAGAGUACAUGGAGAUUGAAGUAGUUUGUCAGCUGAGAAUUCUCUUGGAUGAAAAAUUCCGAUGUGUGAUGUGUAACAGAAAUGUACCCUACCCGCAGAAGAGGUUUUUGGUUUCAACAAUUUGUAAGGACAAGAUUGGGAAAAUAGAAGUUUUGUUUUCAGAUCGUCAAGUUCAAACCAUUAUUAGGAAGCCUGUCUUUGAAGUGGAGGAAGAGGAGGUCAAUGAACAAAAUUUCCCCAAGGCCUUGAAAUGCAUGGAGAAUUCAGAAUGCACUGUAAAGCUUUCGAUCAGGGAGGGAAACUUGAACAAUCUAUUCAACACAUACUCAGCUAUAGACCUCUACAUUGGUUUCACAGUGGAAGAUGAUUUGCUUGAAGAACAGCCAGAAUGGAACCCAGCGUCUUCAACUUCAUCCCAGGUUAAUGAGAUAUCAUCCUCCACUUAUCACCUUGAUGGUCUUUCUCAAAUGAAUUUUGAAACUCCUACUUUGACCAACAAGUGAUGGAUGAUUAUAAUUAUGUAUUCUACUUUUGGAACAAUAUUAUGUAAUCAAGAAUCUAUAUUAAGUACUGGAACCUAUGUAAUCGCUGUGAACUGUGUAUGCUGGUCAAGUAAAAUAUCUACUAUAUGAUUAUGUAUUAUUGUUUUAACCUAAACUUUUUAGGCUACUUUCAGCUAAUUAAGUUCAGACUUAGAAAUAUAUGUAGCCAGCUUCAUGAUCUAUCAAAUGGAAAUGAGUUUAGUUCACAAAGUCCAUUCUGUCAAAACAACAACAUAAGGCAUUUGUUUGUCCGAAACCGAUUUUGAAUAAAAUCGACUACGCCGCUGGCACCAUAUUAAGCUUAACAGUCAUUACAUUCUUCAAUAACUUCCAAUAACAGCGUUAAUAGUUAUGCGUUAUG